AUGUUGUGGCCAGUAGCUCGUCUAACUGACCGUAUGCUGUACGAUACAAUGAGGGAUCUCGAUCGGAUCGAGCGAAGCAUCUUCCCAUAUUGGAGAGAGGCCGACCAUUCAGUGCUUCAUGUGGCCAACGAAACUCAGCAGAUGGUAGACGACGACAAGAAAUUUGCUGUCUCGCUGGAUGUGUCCCAGUUCCGCCCAGAGGAGUUAAAUGUGCAUCUGGAAGGGCGCGAGUUGACCAUUGAAGGCAAGCAGGAACACAAAACGGGAAACAGCGCCAUACACAGAUCGUUCACUCGCAAAUGGCUACUUCCCGAGAAUGUCGAGCUAGAAGCUAUUCGUACCCAGCUCGAUGACAAGGGCCAUUUAUCGGUGGAGGCGCCGAAGAGUAUCGAGGGUCACAAGCAGAAGAGAACGAUUCCCAUCAUGGCCGCUCCUCAGAAGAAAUGA